AUGACAAACAAGCUUGACUGUAGAGUCACAAUUGUUCGUAUAAGGCGAGCUCACAGCCUCCUCAUCAUCACUACAGGGCAGACUGAAAUUGUCACACUUGACGGUUUGACUGUCGCUUUCAUAUUUGCAGUCCUCGAAAUCUCCACCAUCAAUAUCAAGAUCUGGCGUACUGUCUCCAAAAGCGUUAUCCGACCCAAUAGUCGUCAGAUCACAGAUGUCAGGAUUGGAAUAUUCACUGCUGGUUACUGCAUAACCAGGGUAUCCGCCUUCACUGCAGCGGCGGAGGCUGAUGCCGCCGAGGCUGACGACACUGAGGCCCUCGACGCACUCGCUUCCGAAGCACUAACGCUGGAUCGUGAUGCAGAUGCAGCUGAUUCGACAGAGGCAGUAUAUGCUGUAUAUAUAGAGGUAAUCUGGGUAAUGGAUUCCAUCGAGGUCACGCAGGACUUGGCUUGUCCGACAUAA